AUGAAUUCAAGCAACAAUGAUGAUGAAGAAGAUGAAUAUGGAGAUCCAUGUCAAAUGGAUGAUGAUGAGAGCAACAACUCUAUAGACGAUGAUGACGAUGGUGCUGAGCGUAUAGAUGAUGAUUCAGUGAAUGGUGAAGCUGAUUUAAUUUUUCAGCAAAGUCAAGCUUUUGAAGAGCUCAUCAAUAUAGUCCAACUUCUAAACAUUUCUUCAAUUCAUGACAAGUAA